CGCAGGCUUGUCAGCGUGCUCUAGCGAUCGGCGGCAGGAUGUCUCGACUCCGCAACCAUCUGUGUCCGCGAAGGAGAAACUCAUUACUUACCAGAGGCGUCCGAGCGGUGGGUCAUCGGAACGUUGCGAAGAAGAAGGUGCUCGACAAACCACCUUCAAGUCUUCCGGGAAGCUCGCGUGCCGGUAGAAGCUCGCGCUCGCGGGACACCUGCCAACGUCGAAUGGACGAGGAGUCAAGCGAGAAGACGGAGGACAAUGAACGGAUUUGCCGAUUGCAAUCCCAGUCACUAGCCACGCGAAGGUUCACCCAGGGCGAAGGCUUUUGCGAUGUGAAUGCAGAGCGGGAGGAUAGUAGAGGUGACGAAGCCCGGGCGAGGGGCGAUGGAGAAGACGAUGAGAAUGAAGGAGAAUGUGGUGGUGGGAAGGACCACAUGGAUUGCGAAAAGGCAGCGGCAAGCGGCGGGUUGCUCGAUGGUAAUGUGGGUGGUUCGGAGAUGGAAGACCAGGAGAUGGAAGAUGAGGAAAUGGAAGACGAGGAAAUGAAAGACGAAGGACAGGAUGUCGAUGUUUCCGCGGAGCUUACUUCGAAGGGGAGGGGAAAAYGCACAGCGGAAUCAUCGCCGAAGCGAGCCGCGCCUAAGAAGCAGGCUCGAAGAAAAGCUGUGCAGGACGCUCGGCUCGCCUUGGAUGCAGCUGCUGGUACGCCUGGUGAAGCCGGUGUGGAAUCCAAAUCCAAAGCUUGGGUUCGCAAAACUUCGCAACCCAGGAAGCCUGUACGGCCGUCGAGGCACCCGAAAUCAAAUGACUCGAGCGACGAUGCUGAAGGGGUGGCCCCUAGUUUGCUCUCUAUCCCUGACGACGACGAACCGGAGACGAAGAAACCCAAAGCGGUGAACAUGACGCAGUGCUUCUUCCUCGAGUACGACGAAAACGACAAAAAGAGAAAGGACCCGCCUAGGGUGGUCAUUGACGUCAUGCAGAUUCUUCCGAUUCCGGUGGGAGAGAUCACCUUCAACCAGCGAGCGUUGAACCCGGCCAUCRUCGCAGGCAUCGAAGCGGCAAUYGAAGCAUCAACUCGCCCACAGUCCGUGGAUGAUCCGGCUCCGUGGGAUCCACCGGAGUUGGUGCUGGCUCCGAUUAAUCCAUCAAAGGACGCGGACGAACAAGGAACCCGCGUCCUUCCAGAGGAUUUCGACCCCGAACGGGCAGAUGAGUUUUUCUAUUACCCGGUUGCCGGUCAACAUUCUUCCGAAGCUAUGAAAAGAGYGGUGGYGAAGAACUCUGCAGCGGUGGAGGUGUUYGDCUUUCRGAAUUAUGAUCGUGUACGGAUYAUUUAUUUUGACGAUGACCAUACGAACGGGUACCAUUAUGUUUCCACAUAUGACAACACGCGAGGUGACCGUGCUAUGUUGCCAUCGUUCCRCCAAGCCUGCAUGGACAUCAGAGGAUUUUGGGACAGCAAGAAACGGAUCGGGCCURUGGGGAACGUGUCCAAAGGGGAUCCCAAAGGCUUGGAGCACCAGAAAACAUGGAGGGAAUUUUUGAGGUCGUGCAUGGGGAAGUCGUGUGAGAAAGCAUUGUGGACCGAGUGUAUCUCUGGGAAGUGGCAGUAGGACUGGACGAACAGAAUGAGGGGGUACAUGAAUGUCGCCACAUGCAAGGACCCGGUAUGGACACUGGUUAAGGAGUUUUUUUAGAAGUAUGAGGCGGGGGAGUUGCUGCUGCACGACAACAAAUGCCCAAAGGACUU